UAGAGCAUUACAGUUAAAAGUGCUGUUAUUAAGUGUAAGGCAGCUGAAGAGGGAGAGGGUAAAACAGAAGAAUGAGCAAUAGUAGAAUUAUAUUUCGGUCUGUGUUACGAAGCUCUCGAAGGCCUUCCUUGGCCUUCGCCGCUUCAUCCUUGUCUUCUGCAAGGUUCUCUCCUUUACCUCUCCCCACUGCCCUUAACCCUCCUUUUGAACUAAAAUCCAUUUCCUCUUUCACUUCUUCCUUCACUCGCCGUCUAUCCCACAACACAGCCUCCGUUCACAACAAAAACGAGAACCACCAACAGGAAGAAGAAGAACUGCAUUUCUUUGGAACUGCUGAAGAUGAUGGAGAAUUCACAGAUGAGUGGGAAGAAGAGGAUGAAACCGUCGAGCCCAAGGUUGGUGAUGGAGGGGAUGGUGGUGGAGUUGUAUUGCAAGGUGUUCCUUGGGGUGAAUCUGCUCUCUCUAUAGCCCAUGAAGCACUAAAACUGUUUAGCGAUGACAUUAAACUUUAUGCUUUCAAGACUACACCUCGUGGAUACAUUUAUGUCAGACUUGACAAAUUGUCAGAUGAAUAUGGUUGUCCCAGCAUGGAGGAACUGCAGAGUUAUAGUCAAGAAUAUAAGAAAAGAUUAGAUGAAGCUGGGCAACGAAGAGAAAUACCAGAUGAUUUGGCUCUUCAGGUAUCAUCUCCUGGUGCAGAGAGAAUACUAAAAGUACCAGAUGAUUUAGAUCGGUUCAAAGACAUGGCUAUGAGAGUUUGUUAUAUUGAAGACGCUGGGUCUAAUUAUACUGAAAAGAGUGGAGUCUUCUUACUAGAUUUGGUUGAGGAAGAGAACUGUGUAUGGAAGUUGGCAGAGGUGAAGGAGAACAGGGACCCCAACAGCAAGGGUAGACCAUUUAGUCGUAAACAAAAGGAUUGGAGAUUAAAACUGCCUUUUGACAAGCAUAAGAUGAUAAUGCUGUACCUCGAAUACUAAACAAACAACAGACGACAACUUUGAAGGUAUGAAGACUUCCUUGGCAGUCUUCUUAGUAAGGUUUCUAUAUGUAAAACAACAGUUUUGGUAAUUUCGGUAUCUUCCACAUAGAACCUUUGCAAGCUUAUAUUGUAUCUUAACGGUAACUAUCAGCAAUUACAUUGGAUCACUUUCUUUGUUCCCAAUUUUAAAGUAGUCUCUUGGAGUAGCUGAGAGGCUUGUUUUCUUUUGAAGAUUAUCAUUAAACCGAGAUUUAUUGUUUUGGAGCAAUUAUCAUGAACCUUAAAUGUUCUAAGCCUCA